AGGCCGCGUUGCGGAGCUCUCCCGGCCACAGCCUGCUACGGCUGGUGAGGGUCCUUCCGAUCCACGCACGUCGAGGCCACGCCAGCGGGGGCUCAGCCGCCCUCGGGUUCCCGGCUGCUGUCGGCGCUCGCUCACGGUCUUUGUAUCUUUUCCUCCCGCCUCUUCCCGCCUGCUCCCCCCACGUCCGGCCGUCUCGAUGUCUCUGCUCCCCGUUGCCGCCUCCCUCGGCUCUCGACGCCCUGCUCACCGCGGCGGUGGCCGCCGGUCUCGAACGCUGGCCUGAAAGGAGGAAGAGGAGGAAGCGAGGCGUGCGCCCCGGCCCAUGCCGCAGCCCGAGGCCCGGCCCAGCCACUGCGCCCGCGCCGCCGCCCUCGCAGGAGCGCACGAGACCUGCAUGGACGGGCAUGGGCGUGAGAGCAGCACUUUCCUGCGCCGCCGCCCCCGCCGCCGCCGGGGCUGAGCAGUACCGCCGCCCCGGGCUCUGGCCGCCGUCGCCCCCGCCGCCGCCGCUGUUGCUGCUGCUGCUGCUGCUCAGCCUUGGGCUGCUCCACGCAGGUGAUUGCCAGCAGCCUGCCCAAUGUCGAAUCCAGAAGUGCACCACAGACUUCGUGUCCCUCACAUCACACCUGAACUCUGCCGCCGAUGGCUUUGACUCCGAGUUUUGCAAGGCACUCCGUGCCUAUGCUGGCUGCACCCAGAGAACCUCUAAAGCCUGCCGAGGCAACCUGGUGUACCAUUCCGCUGUGCUAGGUAUCAGUGAUCUCAUGAGCCAGAGGAACUGUUCCAAGGAUGGACCCACAUCUUCCACCAACCCGGAAGUGACCCAUGACCCCUGUAACUACCACAGCCAUGGGGGAGUCAGAGAACACAGGGGAGGGGACCAGAGACCUCCCAAUUACCUUUUCUGUGGUUUGUUUGGAGACCCUCACCUUCGAACUUUCAAGGAUCACUUCCAGACAUGCAAAGUGGAAGGGGCCUGGCCACUCAUAGACAACAAUUAUCUUUCGGUUCAAGUGACGAACGUGCCUGUGGUCCCUGGAUCCAGCGCAACUGCUACGAACAAGAUCACGAUUAUCUUCAAGGCGCAGCCCGAGUGCACGGAUCAGAAGGUCUACCAAGCCGUGACAGACGACCUGCCGGCCGCCUUUGUGGACGGCACGACCAGCGGCGGGGACAGCGACGUGAAGAGCCUUCACAUCGUGGAGAAGGAGAGUGGCCGCUACGUAGAGAUGCAUGCCCGCUACAUCGGCACCACAGUGUUUGUGCGACAGCUGGGCCGCUACCUAACCCUCGCCAUCCGGAUGCCCGAGGACCUGGCCAUGUCCUACGAGGAAAGCCAGGACUUGCAGCUGUGUGUGAAUGGCUGUCCUGUGAGUGAAUGCAUCGAUGACGGACAAGGCCAGGUGUCUGCUAUCCUGGGGCACAGCCUGCCUCACACCACCUCAGUGCAGGCCUGGCCUGGCUACACACUGGAGACCGCCAGCACCCAAUGCCACGAGAAGAUGCCGGUGAAGGACAUCUAUUUCCAGUCGUGUGUCUUUGACCUGCUCACCACUGGUGAUGCCAACUUCACUGCUGCGGCCCACAGUGCCUUGGAGGAUGUGGAGGCGCUGCACCCCCGGAAGGAACGCUGGCACAUCUUCCCCAGCAGCCGCGGGGGGAGCAGUGAUUUGCCCGUUGGUCUUGGACUCACGUGCUUAACCCUUAUUAUGUUUUUGUAGUUGUUUGUUGUUUUUGUUUCGUUUUUCUAGAUUUCUUUUUUUUUGUCUAUAACAAAAUUUUAAAUAUAUAUUGUCAUAAUAUAUUGAGUGAAAAAGUAUAUAUGUAUAUACCAUGUAUAUGACAGAUGUUUGUCCUGGAACACCAGAUUGUACAUUAUGUGUUUGGCUGUUUUCACAUAUGUUGGUUAUAGUGUUUUUUGAUUGUAUCAAUUUUGUUUUACCGUUUUGUGAAAUGUUUUAUAAUGUCCCUGCCUAGGGACCUCUUAGAAAGCACUUUAUUUUUUAUAUAUUAAAUAUUUAUGUGUGUACCUGGUUAACAUGUACAGUGCACAUAUGUAGACACCAACCACGGCGAUCCACGUGGAGGUGACUAGUUUGUAGCCCCUCCUCCUGCACUUCCCAUUGCUACUGAGUUGCCAAGGUACUCGGUUCCUGAUGGAGCUGUCUCCCUCCUUUUGAAGUGUCCAUUUGAGAGGAAAGUUGUCCCCUCACUUGUAAGUACUUUUGAUUCUGAAAAUGUGGUUCUCACUAAAGAGCCCUGUUCCUCAGUCUGCUUUUUCAGAACGUGAGGACAUCAGUGCUACACCUGCAGUCAUGUGUACUUGAGCACUGAGGCUCUGUGCGGCUGACCUUCUGAAGCUGCUGUUUCUUGUGGACCAGUCUGGAGGUGGCCAUCUCAAGUAAAUACCAGGCGUCUUGCUAUCUACUCCCAGCUAGUAACUCUUUCUCACCCUCCAUCCUGUUUAAAUUGUAGUGUCCCCUCCAUUAAGCAAAACAAGAUCACCAACUCAGAAGAGAUCAUGUCCUGCCCUCUUUCGUAAUUUGUAAACUUAGGUUCUUUCUCCUGGGCUGCUUGGGGUGCCAGCAGUGCUCCCCACCCCCGGCCUCCCCUCAGGCGGUUAGUGCUCCUCUGCUAUCGAGGUCCAGGAGUACGACCCAAAGAACAGAAAAUCUAUCUCGGUGUGUAUUAGUACAUACUUGCCCGAGGAUGCUUUUGAGCCCUGAUGUUCAUAACUUGGCAUUUCACUCCCCAAGUAACCUCCAUCUUUUCAGCUCCCUGCCAUCUUAACAGCUGUAGUUGAAUGUUAAUAGGUACCUGCCAGUUAGUGAAACCCUCAUCAGGUAAAAAUCUCUCCUUGCCUCUUCAUUGUAUUGCUGGCACCAGCUAUAAAGGGGACGUAACAGAAGACAGUGAGAGUAGCAAAGUGAACUCCUGAAUAAGUAGGUUUGUAUUAUUAUAUCUUAAUGUGUUUGGUUCCAAGAAGUUGAUACGAUUCCUGUUUUAAUAUUUAAGGUUUGCGCUAAUUCGAGCAAGAGAUACGAACCUUACAUAAUGUCCUUGGGACAAGGCCAUGCCUUUUGACAUGUCCUAUUGGCCAUAGGACUGACAGACAAAGGCUGGCAGCAAACAGAGGGAAUCUUUUGUGAAGCUGUGUUUUUUAGAGAAGGAAUAUUGCCAGUGGGUGAGAUCGUGUGCCCAUCCAGAGGUGGCAGAUUCUCACCUUGGGGACAGUUAUCAAGGCACCGCCCUUUGUAUUCUUAAAGGUUGAACUCCAGAGAGUUAGGAUCUAGCCCUGUAAAGGAAAGUCCUUCUAAGAAAGCUGCAUUAGGACUGACCAACCCUGGCCAAAAAAGCAUGGCCGCUUCUGUUCACCUACAGGGCCAUGCGCCAAGAUCAGAAGCAGUCCAUAGCUGGGAACUUGUGAUUGAGUCGAACAAGGAAGGGAAAAGGUUGGAUACUUUUAACCACUAUUUUUGUGCAAAUAUAAAAGUAAAAACAAUAGAAGUUUCUACAGUAUCUGCCCUUAGAGUGUGUGAUUGAUAUAGCUUUUAUCCUUUUGAGGACAAAGCCACCAUGUCUACCCCUAGUUUGGAAAAGAAAGUUUGCUGGUUUAGCUGUAUCGUGUAGCUGGUGAGGGUUGCCGUGAGGUGUAGUGCAGCGGUAGCGUUAGUCAUAGUGUGAUGGGCGUUCUCCCUAUGCGUCCUUCACAGUUCCCACAGGUAACUUUUAGAAAUCGAGUACUUCUGUAGAGAAGGGCCAGGUUUUCUUUAGGGUUUCUAAGGAACAUACUGCUUGAACUUGUUUUAUGAAGUCCAUAGCCAGAAGAAUUUCAGACCGUACUGCCAAACAAAUAGGCUAUAGCUUUUCACGGGUCUCCUGGGAGAGCUUAAACUUGGAGCAAAACACUGAUUUUUCACAGAUCUUCCCCAUGUCUCUCUUAGGAAAGACUCAAAAACACGUUGCCCCGCUCCGCUGUGCUUGCCCCCCCCCCCAACCCCUGCAUUGUGCCGAGUCUUUUCAGAGAAACCUGUAGAUGUGGUUCAUAGAUAUAUGAGUAAGUCUCUGUGUAAAAACGAUGAGUGUGUAGUGUGUAAAUACGUUAAAUUAUUAUGCUAGAAAAAUAAAAGUUACAGACCCUGC